AUCUCUUGCUUUGGGAUGAGGCUCUUUACUUGGAGGGAUUGCCCACUGUGGGCACUGCGGAGCUCUGGGUGGGGGCCAGGCUCUAGGGCCAGCAGAGUGACCUCUCUGCACCUCAAUCCACAGGACACCCAUGAGGACCAUGACACCUCCACUGAGAAUGCAGAUGAGUCCAACCACGACCCCCAGUUUGAGCCUAUAGUUUCUCUUCCCGAGCAAGAAAUUAAAACGCUGGAAGAAGAUGAAGAAGAGCUUUUUAAAAUGCGGGCAAAGCUAUUCCGAUUCGCUUCAGAGAACGAUCUCCCAGAAUGGAAGGAACGAGGCACUGGUGACGUCAAGCUUCUGAAGCAUAAGGAGAAAGGGACCAUCCGCCUCCUCAUGAGGAGGGACAAGACCCUGAAGAUAUGCGCCAACCACUACAUCACACCGAUGAUGGAACUGAAGCCGAAUGCAGGCAGCGACCGUGCCUGGGUCUGGAACACCCAUGCUGACUUCGCCGACGAGUGCCCCAAGCCAGAGCUGCUGGCCAUCCGCUUCCUAAAUGCUGAAAAUGCACAGAAAUUCAAAACAAAGUUUGAAGAAUGCAGGAAAGAGAUCGAGGAGAGAGAAAAGAAAGCAGGGUCGGGCAAAAACGACGACGCCGAGAAGGUGACCGAGAAGCUAGAAGCUCUCUCCGUGAAGGCGGAGAGCAAGGAGUCGGAAGAUGCCGAGAGCAAGGCUGGAGCCGAGGAGGAGCAAUAAGCUGCCUCCCCUUGUUUUCUCUUCCUUCCGUUCUUUUCCUCCUUUUUCUUUUUUAAAAUUUUGCCCUGCCCCUUCUUUUCAGUUUGUUUUUAUUCUGUUUUGUUUUUACAAGGGACUUUAUAUAAAGAACUGAAUUCCAACAUUCAGGUUGUUUUUUUUCUAAGUUUUUGCCCUAUUGAAGAAGACUUCAGAAAAUCCAUUCCCCAGUCAUGAAAAUGUACUGUGCUCACUUUCUUUUCCAUAGUGGAAACACUUAUUUAUAGUCAUCAAAAAUAGUGAAUAAACGACACAUUCAAAACCUGCA